CGGACAUGCGCGGCCACGGCCGCUCCGGCCACGGCGCCGUCGCCCGCGGCGGCUUCCACGUCGCGCGCCUGGCGGCUGAUCUGCGCGAGGUGCUGCGCUUUUUGAAACGUUCUGCUGCCGCUUCCCCUACCGCUGCGUACGUGUCUGGGCCCGGGCCGGAGUCUGGCGCAGCAGCAGCAGGGGGAGGUGGAGGCGAGGUCAAGUUUGUGCUCGUCGGCUGCUCGAUCGGCGCGGCGGUGUUGUGGACGCACAUCGAGCUGUUCGGCGAGGAUCUCGACGGCGACGGCUGCUGCGCCGGGUACGUGUUUGUGGACCAGGCGCCGCUGCAGGACCGGGCGGGGCCGCUGGGGCUGGGCGGGGCGUGGGACGCGCGGCACGCGCACCGCGGGUGCUUUGACGAGGCCAGCCUGUUUGCUGCGCAGGAGGCGUGGGUGCGGCGCCCCGCCGAGACGCAUCGCGCGCUGGUGGCGGAGUGCUUGGGGUAUCGGGUGCAGCCGCGGGAGGGGGAUGCGGUGGGCGAGGAGCAGGCGCGGAGGGAUGAGGAGUUUUUUGUGGCCAUCAGUGCGCGCUGCGACGGGGUGUGGUUGGCACGGCUGCUGGCGGACCAUACGCGGUAUGAUCACCGCGAGGCGCUGGAGGGGAUCACGCGGCCGACGCUGGUCAUGGCCGGGCGGCGGAGCGGGUGCUUCCCGCUGGAGGGGGUGGCCGAGACGGCGGAGAGGAUCCGGAAGGGCGGCAAUCAGCAGGUGGAGAUGCUGGUGUUUGAGUCGGGCCACUGGCUGUUCUACGAGGAGCCGGAACGGUUCAACCGGGAGCUACUGAGGUUUGUCGACAUGUGCACAAGGUGACCAUGAACGGGUUGAUCGAAUCGCAUU